CUAAGUUCGGUAGUCGACCUGGAACGUUCAACAGGUGCAUGUGUGUGAGUGAGUGCGUGUGUUUGUGCGUGCGUAUGUCGACCAUUCCUACGCGACUACUUCUCGCUUUAAAAGAUGCAUUCGUUCGGGAGAGGAAUGCAGCUCAAUUCGUCUGCCCCCAGCUGGCCUGACUGGUAAAUGACCACCGCUGGAAACACCUCCUUUCGCUUUGAGGAGACUUACUCAGAACUUUUCCAAGCCGUUUAAAAACAAACAAUGGACGGAGAAACAAAGAGUUCGAACAAAGACUUCCCCGGUGGGUUUCAUCAGUCGGGCUGCUCUUAAGACAACAAUCUGUCAGCUCUUCUACAAACUUCAUCAUGGAGGUUUAAUUGAAACGUUUCCUCACAAAAGAGACCUUUAUUCUUGAGGAACUAUGAACGCUGUGGUUGGCGACUGCAGCCCAAUUUCGUCGUUGCAAAAGUUGAAGAAGAGGAGGAGGAGGGAGAAGUUUCGGAAAUGCCUUCUGUGUGCUUAAACGCGACUUUUUCGGAGGCUUGAACGGUGCAGAUGUUAAUUCUUGCAGCAUGGAAUUAAAAUCUCAGUUUAUGCAAGAUUUAGUGUGUCAUAUUACUGAGGAAGAGUAGAACGAAAAUUAAAAAGUAAAGAACAAAAUACCGGACCUUAUUACAGAGCCAGAUUUGGCUCGAUUACAUCUGUAGGAUUAUACAUCAACAACUCAUCAUUGGCAGGAAAAUAAAAGGCAUUAAAAAGUACCUUUUUAGAACUGAUUUCGGAAACCAAAGAAAAACCAAGAAUGUCGACCCACAUAGCAAGUAGUGAACUCAAGCGUCAGUCUCCUUGAUUUCUUCUGAGAUCAGUGAGCUUCCUGGAAAUGUGCUCAACGAUGGCCACUGGAAAUAUGGCUGGAGGAGCAGGUGGAGGAGGAGGAGGAGGAGGUGGAGGUGGAGGAGGAGGUCUUGGAGACAUGGAAACCAAACGCCAAAGAGGAGGAGGAGGAGGAGGAAGAAGAGGAGAAAUAGAAGGAAUGGAAAGCUGUGUCGUGACAGGCGAACACGGAGGGGAGAGAGACGGGACAGGGAAUGUAAAGCGAGGAGGGAGUGUCAGUGGGGUGGAAAUGGGGGGGAUUGGCGGUGGGAUGAUUGGAGGGAUUGGCACGGCGGCUGACGUGAAAAUGAGGAGAUUUACUCUACCUAAUCUCUUCCUCACGGUGGAAGGGCAGGACAGGAAGUUGGAGGAGAUCUGUCCUGGUAUCUACGAAUAUAGCGGUUACAACAAGAAGACGAGGUCACCCAAGUCGCCGAGAUCACCCAAGAGCCCUCGCUCGCCGAAAUCCCCUCGCAGUAACAAGAGCACCUCGCCUCUCAGUCCCAGAUGGGCCCACAGGCACUGUCCCAAACACUGUCCCCACGCCGUUCAACAGGAGACUCCAGGUUCUUCAGCGGCCUCUUCGCCGAGCCCUCGUCGAAAGCGGCCGCCUUACAGCCACAUCAUGCUGAGCGAUCGAAAGCCGUCGGCUGGGAAUCUGCUCGCAACGACUUUCGGGAUUACCGACAGGGAUUCCGCCACCAAAUCCCUUCCUCUCAUACACGAAAAGGAAAAGGAACACGCGAGGCUGGUGGUCGAUCGCCCCGAAAUCCGGGAUCCUCAGGCGGGAUUCGAGGCCCUGGGCGGGCGCUGCGAGUCCUGCGGCACCUGUUCGGACUCGUGCCUGAGGAAGCUGGGCCUGGAGCACGAGGACGGCUCGCGCUCCCCUUCCAGCAUCUCGCCCAAAUCGGAGAAGAUGUACUCCUUCUUCGAGAAGAGCCUCUCGCUGGUGAGUCCGUCGCCGAGUCGCUUGGGCGACCACCUGGUGGCCAGGGAAAAGAGGAGCCAGUCGCUGGCCACCCCGGGGGCCAUGGCCAACGUCGUCCAGUUCCAGCAGAUGCACGAGCGCCACGCGGAGAACCACCUGGUGAGGACCGUCAACCUGGCCACCUCCAACGCCGUGCUGUCGCGCAUCACGGCGCGGCUCAAGGCCGUCACCUCCACCACCCAGCAGGAGUCGGUGGAGGAGCUGGACGAAGACGCCCUCCUCACCAGCGACAGCCUCGACAGGCAGUCGUCGACGGCCACCACGGAGGAGGAACUGGAAGACACCAUCACGCCCGUCAACGAGGGCAGUCCGAGGACGCCCGUGGCCCUGUUCCAGGGCGACGACGCUACUGCUGCUACUGCAGCUUCUUCCUCCUCUUCCGGGGACCUGGACCCACGGCUGCCGUCUUAAACCUGAGUCAGGACAUGGAUCACAUGCACUUCCAGGAAGCGGCGAACGGCCUCCAUUCCAGCGCCAAAGAAGACAGCGUCAUGAUGGCGGACAUCACUUCGUCUCGCCAGACCCUUCUCUAAUUUCGAAGCGACUUUGUGGAUGUAUCAUUUCAUUUCUAUUUGAGUGAUUCCGUGGUAAGAGAGUGACAGGUAAUUGAGCAUUAUAUAAAUACAAACACAUUUAUAUGUGUAUAUAUAAUAUAUAUA